GCACAAAAGAAUUCCUCAGGCAGCUGGGAGUCCCAUGACUACGGCCACAGGACAGCCAGGGGCCGGCAGGCGACCCCCGCUCCCUCCUUCCCCCGGGCGCAUCCUCCGGGCUCCCUCCUUCCUGCUCCCGCCGGCCUCCCUCCGGCCUCCGACCUCUCCACCGCCUGAUUGCCCUCCUUCCCCUGGGGCUCUGAGGCAGGCUGGGUGCCCAGUGACCCGAGCCGUGACCUGCCCCGCAGCCUGUAGGCGACAAGAGCGUAGCUACCUGUGACUUGGGGGAGCUGGGAGGAGGAGGGGGAAGAGCAGAAGGAGGAGGAGGAAGAAGAAGAGAAGGAGAAGGCACUGGGGCUGGCGGCUGCGGCUCGGGCAGAAGACAGACGCAUUCGGAUUGAAGAGCCGGGAACGAGCGAUCUGGGCCUUGGCCAUGGCAGAGUCCGGCUGCUUCUCCCUGUGGGCCCGCUGCCUCCUCAGCCUGUACAGCUGCUACUGGAGGAAACACGCCAAGGAGAAAAUGCCAACCAGCAAGGGUGACUGUUUCUGGUUCGGCGUCCUGGCUGUGGCCUUCCUGUUCUCGCUGGGCUGGUUGUACAUCGGGCUCGUUCUGCUCAAUGAUCUCCACAAUUUCAAUGAGUUCCUGUUCCGACACUGGGGCCACUGGCUGGAUUGGUCCCUGGUGCUGCUGCCCGUCGCCUCCGUGCUGGUUACGUAUUCCACCCUGCUGCUGCUCUUGGCCCUAUUCCUUCAUCUGUGUGGGCAGCCCCUGCACCUGCACUGGCUUCACAAGGGGCUGCUGUCGCUGACUGUGCUGCUAGUGGCCGCUGCCCUGGUGGGACUGGAAAUCAAGUGGCAGGAAGAAUGGAAGAGCCUUCGCCUGUCCUUGCAGGCCACAGCCCCGUUUCUGCAUCUGGGAGCAGUGGUUGGGCUCACCCUCCUGGCCUGGCCAGUGGCCGACGCCUUCUACAGGGCUCAGAAAAGAGAUCCCAAGGUGCUGCUGCUGCUCCUGUUCCUUGGGGUGGCCCUGGCCAUCUACCUGGCCCCCCUGGGCAUCUCAUCACCCUGUCUAAUGGAGUACAACCAACUUCCCCAGAAGCCUGAGCUUGUAGGGCACCGGGGGGCUCCCAUGCUGGCCCCCGAGAACACACUGAUGUCCCUCCAGAAGACCGCCGAGUGCGGGGCUUCGGUGUUUGAGACAGACGUGAUGGUCAGCUCCGACGGAGUGCCCUUCCUGAUGCACGACAAACGUCUGGGGAGGACCACGAAUGUGGCUUCCGUGUUCCCUGACCGAGCUGCCGGACACAGCAGUGACUUCUCCUGGGCUGAGCUGAAGCAGUUAAAUGCAGGGACCUGGUUCCUGGAGAGACAGCCAUUCUGGGGGUCCAAGAAGCUCUCGGAUGCUGACCAGCGGGAAGCCCAGAACCAGACGGUGCCGUCGCUGAGAGAACUGCUGCUGGCAGCUGCCCCCCUCAAUCUCUCCGUCAUGUUUGACUUGCGCCAACCCCCACCGAACCACACGUAUCACCACACUUUCGUCAACUGCACCCUGGAUGCCGUGCUGAGUGCCGGGGUGCCCCAGGCCAUGGUACUCUGGCUGCCGGAUGAAGAACGGGCUGAGGUACAACUCCGGGCACCCAACCUUCGCCAGGUGUACGGGUAUCGAAAGGAGAACACGACUGAGCGGCCCCUGCGCCUCAACCUCCCUUACCAGGACCUUCCACUGACAGACAUGAAGCUCCUGCAGCGUGACAAUAUCUCCGUGAACCUGUUUGUGGUGAACAAGCCUUGGCUCUUCUCCCUGCUCUGGUGCGCCGGGGCUAGCUCGGUCACCACCAACGCCUGCCAGCUGCUGCAGCAGCUGCCCCAUCCCGUCUGGCUCAUCUCCCCCCGGACCUACCUGAUGAUCUGGACUGUCUCAGACUGUGUGUCUGCCCUGCUGCUCCUCUGGAUCUUCUUCCUCCAGGGGAAAUGUGCCAAGGAGAGAGAGCAGGCCGUCUCAGAGACUGCGGUGCUGCUCACCAAGAUCAACAACUUGCUGGAAUGAGGGAGGUGGCCCUUGACCCCCAAGCCUACCCCCUCUAUAGCCUGAGGAUUUCCUGCUUCCACUGGGUGGGACCCGUGACCCCGAGAUGCUGCUGCCGGACCGCCGCUGUCUGGGAGUAGUCAGACUCCCCGGGCGGCACGUGGUGGGUGAGUGGGCAGGCCCCCGGCUCGGCCGGGAUGUCUGUCCACCCGCCCUCCUGGAGGACAGGGGGGCCUCGGACCCUCCCCGGAUGCCGCUCCCCCAUCUCCCUCCCUGCCCACCUGAGCUCCUGGGGCUGCCACGAACAAGGUGCUCUCUGACUCUUCUCUGUCAUUCAAUGAAUCGAAUCCCCCA